AUGACCAGCAGCCAGAUCCAGAUCCCCGUCGUCUCCAUCAUCCCCGGCAUCGGCGACGCCGUGCGCCAGCAGCUCUCGUCGCCGGCGGCCGCUUCGACCUCCGCGGGGAAGCUCUUCCAGGCGUCCCAGCUGGAGAUCGUCGACCUGCCGCUGCCCGUGGUGUGCCCUCCGAGCGCCAGCAAUAACCACCAGCCCAAGGGCGCAGUGGGCGCACCCGCCCCGACCACGCCCGAGUGGAAGCUCGACCCCAAGCAGCAGCGGAUCCUCGAGGACGCCGAGGUGCUCUUCAUGGACGCCCACAUGGCCGCGCCGCUGCUGCUCGCCCCCAAGACGAACCUGCCCUUCGAGCUGCAGCACCUGCUCAAGAAGGUGCAGUGGGUGCAGGGCACCUACGCCGGCGUGGACUCGUACCACCAGUUCCCGGAAGCCCCGGCCGACCCGGACUUCACGGUCACUCGCGCUGGCGGGAUCAUGCCCACGGCGUUGGCGCAGUUCGUGUUCGGCUACGUGAUUGCCAUCGAGCGCAAGCUGUUCAAGGCCAAGGAGUUCCAGGAGAAACGCGAGUUCGCGCGCUGGGAGCUCAAGUACCGUUCGUUCCGGCAACUGACGGUCGGCAUCCUCGGCCUCGGUGACGUUGGCCAGGAGAUUGGGCGCACGCUUAAAGCUUCUGGGUUCCAGGUGGUCGGGUUCAAGCGCCGUGUGAGUGAUGAGGACAGGAAGGCGUUGGCCUCGAGUCCCGACCGCGUGUCGAAUAACCUGAGUGAAGUGCUGGAGCAGAGCGACUACAUUGUGAACGUUCUGCCCAGCACGGACGCGACCCGCUACCUGCUGACUGAGAACACGCUCGAGGUGUGCCGCAAGAAGCAGCCUGUGUUCAUCAAUGUCGGCCGCGGCGAUGUGAUCUCGGAGGAGACGAUCGUGAACGCGCUGGAGAAGGGACUGCUGUCGAAGGCGGUGCUGGACGUGUUCGAGAAGGAGCCGCUGCCGAAGGACAGCCCGCUGUGGACCCACCCAAAGGUAAUCGUGACGCCGCACAUCGCUGGCACGGUGUUCCCGGAGGACGUGGCCGACGUCUUUGUGAAGAACCUCAAUCGCCGCCUUGAGAAGAAGCCAGUCUUGUACCAAAUGGACUGGUCGAGCGGCUACUAG